UGGGUAAAAUGGGGUUACGUAUGGAGCGGUGUACGUGGGCGUCUGUAUGAAUCCAUCUUAAAGAGAAAGCAGAUAAUGUUAUUGUGAAUCAAACUCCCGAAAGAGAAAUGCUAAGAACACUGCAUCCACCGUCACCUUCUUCAAUUAUCACUGUCUUGAAACAAAGCAGUUGCAGAGCUUCUUGUUUUCAUAUAAAGCUCUCUUCUGAUAGUGAUACCACCAGAAGACUUGCUCUCUUUCAACUUGGUGCAGCAGCUGCUAUCCCCCACUCCCAUUUGUUCGCUUUCAAAGCAUCUCACUUAUUAAGAGUGGAUGCCGAUGCUACCACAUUUCCCAAAAUGGUACCUGUGACCACUCAUUUUGCUGACCAAAACGUAUUGGAGUGGGUUCAAAAUGAUCAAAGAAGAAUGCUUCAUGCUGUUUAUCGUGUUGGCAACCUGGACAAGACAAUAAAAUUUUACACUGAAUGUUUGGGGAUGAAGCUGUUAAGAAAGCGUGACAUUCCAGAAGACAGAUAUUCAAAUGCUUUUCUUGGAUAUGGACCCGAAGUUUCUAAUUUCACCGUAGAACUUACUUACAAUUAUGGAGUUGACAAGUAUAACAUCGGAAAUGGUUUCGGCCAUUUUGGAAUUGCAGUUGAGGAUGUUGUCAAGACGGUAAAUCUUGCAAAGGCAAAGGGUGCCAAAGUUAGUAAAGAACCUGGUCCUACUAAAGGUGGAAGUACAGUAACUGCUUUUCUUGAAGAUCCAGAUGGCUAUACCUUUGAGCUGUUGGAGAGGGGACCUACACACGAACCCCUGUGCCAAGUGAUGCUUAGGGUGGGCAAUCUCGAUCGCGCCAUAAAUUUCUAUCAGAAGGCCUUCGGUAUGCAGCUUCUCCGCAGAAGGGAUAAUCCAGAGUCAAAGUAUACAGUAGCCAUAAUGGGGUAUGGUCCUGAAGAUAAAAACGCUGUGCUGGAAUUGACAUAUAACUAUGGAAUAACAGAAUAUGACAAAGGAGAUGGUUAUGCACAGAUUGCAAUAGGCACAAACGACGUCUACAAGAGUGCAGAAGCAAUUAAACUAUGCGGAGGAGAAAUUAUUCUUGAACCUGGCCCUCUGCCAGGGAUCAAUACCAAGAUCACUGCAUGCUUGGAUCCUGACGGAUGGAAAUCAGUGUUUGUUGAUAAUGUCGAUUUUCUUAAGGAAUUGGAGUGAUCAAAGUAUCGAUGGCAGCUGCUUCAUCGAAUCAACAGGAACCGGAAAGAUUUAAGACAAUCCUUUUCUCUCCGAUGGCUGUCAUAUUUUUAUUUAUCCAUUUACCUCACAAGAAAGAGCACCUGCUCUAAUAUCCCCAAUCCCCAAGCCAAUAGAUUCCUUCCACUUGUGGAUCUGUAUAUGACUACAGAUUGCCACAGUGCAUUUACAUUUUGCUUAAUACAUUCCAAACACAAUUGAUAAUUGCAAUAUACAAUUUAUGUUAA